AUGAAUAAUUCAAAUGAAGACGAUAUUUUGAAUAAGGAAAAUAUAACCGACUUUAGAUCUAUUCAAAAUAAUUUAUAUAAAAUAAAUACACGAAAAGAUAAUCACCAUGAAGUAAAUAAAAAUAAUCAAAUGCAUUUUUUACAUUCAUCCAAUAAUGAGGAAUGUGUAAAUAAUAAAGACAAGAAAAAUGAUAGGGAUACAAAUAUCCUCUCUUCAAAUAGUUCCCAUUUAUCUAAUGUUACCUCUUCGUAUCAUAGUAAUAUUAUAAACAAAUUUAUAAUAAAUGAAAGACAAGCAUUAGACAGAAAUGAGCAAACAUAUGAUGAUACAAAUAUAUAUAACCAUGAUAUAAAUAUAGAUAAUUAUAUAAAUUUGAACUCAAAUAAAUUAUGUCAUAAUGUAAACCUAGUAAAUAAUUCACUUGAUAAAUUUAAUAAAAUAGCAUUUAUGAAAAAGUUAAAAAAAAAUAACCCCCUUUACUAUAAUCAACAAAAAAAGGAACAUCAUGUUAAUUUUAUAUAUAAACAAAAUUAUUUUUAUAAACGCCACGAAAAUAAAAAAACGAACCACAAUGAUAUUAUUAGCAAUAAUAAUAAUCAACAAUAUGAUUUAAAUAUAAAACAUAGUAACAAUCAUGAUGAUACUAAAAAGCACAAUUUCAAUUUCUUACUUUUUGACAAAUCAGAUCAUUACUAUAAUGAAUCUACUAUAAAUAUGAAGAACACAAAAAAUAUUAUGAUCAACCCAAAUACGAAUAACGAAUAUGAUUCCAAUUAUGAAGAACAAAAAUAUAAUACAAAUGAUGAUAAUAUAUAUAGUGAUAUUUAUUCUAACAAAAAAAAUCAAGUAGAUAUAAAAUAUCAAAAUAUAUCAAAAAAAUUUACAGCACCUUACAAUAAUGUUCAGGAUAAUACAAAAUGUUAUUAUAAAAAAAAAAAAAAAUUAAUAAAAAAUAAUAAUAAUAAUAAUAAUAAUAAUAAUGACAAUAAUAAUAAUAAUAAUAAUGACAAUAAUAAUUAUAAUUAUAAUAAAUAUCCCAUAAAUAAUAAUUACAAUUAUAACACACAUAAAAAUGAUAACCAUAUAAGUGAUCCAAAUUUCCAAUUUCAAAUUUAUAACAGAAAAGACAAUGAAAAUACUCUCCCAACUUAUUCUACAUCUAAUAAUUAUCAAAUGCUCAAUAUCUUCUCAAGAAUUAAAGAGAAAAAAAAAAAGAAAAAGAAGGAAUUAAAAUAUUCAUUAGACCAGAAGAAUUUACAAAUAUCGGAUAUUCAAAAUUAUAUAAUAAACAAAAAGUUCCUUAAAACAAAUCAUAUAAAAAAGGAACAUCUUAAAAGAAAUAUAUCACAACAAAUGAAACAAAUGCCAUAUUCAUGUGAAAAUAAUUUUUAUAAUUCAAAUGAACUUUUUCUUAAUAUAAUUAAUGAUUGCAAAAGACAGAAGGACAAAAAAAAAAUAUAUAUGCAAAAGGUAAAAGUGAACUAUGAUGAAGCUAUAAAUAAUCUUACCACAUACAAUAACAACAGUAACAAAACAAACAUCACUGAUAAUAAUAGUAAUAAUAAUGAUAAUAAUAAUGAUAAUAAUAAUAAUAAUAAUAAUAAUAAUAAUACUAACUAUAGUACAAGUAUUUAUGUACAAAACGUACAACACUUUAAUUAUAAAAAUGAGGUAAUGAAGCAGAAAUAUAACAAUUUAUUAAGAAAUAAAAACCUUCAAAAAGGUAUAUACAAUAAAAGGAGAGCAAAAAUUAAGUUAUACGAAAAUAUUAUCGAAUUUGAAAAGCAAUUCAAAAAUGCAAAUGACAUUAAAAGUGAUAUUAAAAAUGAUAAUCAAAAUGAUAGUCAAAAGGAUAGUCAAAAGGAUAGUCAAAAGGAUUGUCAAAAUGAUAGUCAAAAUGAUAUUCUUCAAUAUGAAGAAAAAUGUAGUUAUUACAAAAACAAAUAUUCUGUUCUUUAUAAGGAUAAUGAAAAUUAUUCUAAUAAUCCAAUAAAUAAUAUAUAUACAAAGCAUAGCAGUUCUCAUUAUAAUAAUGAAAUAUCUGUUUUAUCUUUUAAUGAAACUCAUAAUAACAAAGAAAAAUAUAAAAAAAUCGAAACACAAAGUGGAAAAAAAAAUACACAUAUAAUAAAAGAAAAUCAUAAUGAAGAAACACAAGAAUCGAAUAUUCCCAUUCAUUUUAAAGUGAGAAGAAAAACAACACGAAUAUUUAAAACGAAUUAUUUGUCUAGGAAAAAAAAAAAAAAAAAAAAAAAAAAAAUUAAAUUACACUUAUAUUCUCUCUCUAAAAAUUACAUCCAAAUAGAAGACGUACAAUCUCCCAAAAAACUUACAAAUAAUAAACACACAAACUCCUAUGAACUUCAAAUAAAUAAUAAAAAUGAAUUCCUUAACUCAUUCUUACAAUAUGACAUGCAAGAGGAAAAACAAAAUAGGAAUUUAGAGAAUUUAUUCCAUUUUAAUCAUAAAUUUAAAUCAAAUAAAAAAAAAAAAAAAAAAUUUAAAUAUAAUAUAUAUGAUGACCAAAGCAUACAUACACAAAAAAAGAAAUAUAUAUACAUAAAUGAAAAUGUACAUAUUGAUAAUGAUAAUAUGAAUCAUAUAAACUUCUCUCCAAAAAAAAAAAAAAAAAAAAAUAUAUAUAUAUAUUUUAAUAAACAAGGAAAGCAUGGGCAUAUAAAAAAAGAAGCCACAUAUCAUAAAAAAGAAAAAAGAAAAAAAUUAAAUAACAACAAAAAUACAUAUCACAAAAUUUCUUCUCUUCAUAUUAAUAAAGACAUAUAUUUCUCACAAGACGCAAAAAAUAAAAACCACAAUAAUGAUCAUGAUAAAUCUAUUAACAAUAAUAAUAAUAAUAAUAAUAAUAAUAACAACGAUUUUCAUCAUGCACAUGCUCAUGAUGAUAUAUUGAAAGAAAUUAAAAAACAAGAAAAUAAUCAUUUAAUUAUCAAUACAGUAGACAAGAGUCUAUCUCAUAAGGAAUAUAAUGAAAAAGAAAAUCAUCAAGAUUUUGAAAAGAAGGAACACCAACACGAUAAUACAUACAAUCAAAAUAUUCAACAUAAUGAAACACAUGAAUAUGAACAAUAUAACUACAAUGAUCAGAAAUCUAAUAAUUCAACAGAUAAAAAUAUAAUCAUACAGGAAAUUAAAAUAUCAAACGAUCAAUGUCCAAAUUCAUAUGAAUUACAAAACAGUAAUGAAAAAAAAAAAAAAGAAAAAUCAUUAUUAUGUCCCUUAUCAAAUAACUUAUUAGAAUUAAGUGAUCUUUUUUCAAAUGAAAUAGAUGAAUUAUUAAUAUCUGAAAAUGAAAAAAAAACAAAUGUUGAUAUAAGUAAUGUUUCCAAAGAUAAACCGAUCAAUGCCCAAAAUAAUGUAAUGACAAUCCAAUAUUCUCACCUACAUUUGGAAAAGGAUAUUAUACCAUCAAUACAUAUAUCAAAUACGGACGUUCAAAAUGAAUAUUCUUUUAAUAUUGAACAGACAUAUGAUAUUCAGGAUAAACAAGAAGAACACAUAAAUUAUCAAGAUGAAAUUAUAAAACAUACUACUGAAAGUAUAAAUCUAUAUGCACCUAUGGAUAAAGACACAAACCAUAUCUAUGAAAACAAAAAUGAACAUAUAAACGAAACAAUAAAUACAACUUAUGAUGAUCAAAAUAUUACAGAACAAUCUAAUCAUAUUAAGAGAGAAAAUGAACAUACACCAUAUAAAAAUGACGAUCUCGCAAAUGUAAAUAUUAUUCCCCAUGAAAAAAAAUCUUUACAUACAUGUGAUAGUGAUGAUCAUAUAAUAAUUUCCAAUAAUAAGGAUGAUGAAUUAAAUGAAUCUACUAUAAUGGAACAAAUUAACAUAAAACAAACUGUCGAAGAAAAUAAGGUUAAUCAAAGUUUAUAUGAUGAAGCAACUUAUGAAGAAAAUAACAGUAUAUGCGAUAUUGAGCAAUAUACCCAUAAAAAUGAUUUAGAUAAUAAUAUAAAUAUAACCCAUGAUUAUACUUAUCAAAUUAAACAGGAUAAUGACAGUGUAUAUAACACAGACAAUAUAAUAUAUGAUAAAAAUAUAAACCAUAUGGAAUCAAAUAAUAUUUCUAAUAAUUAUGAAAUAAUUAUUUUAAAAUCUGACAUAAUUAAAGAAAAUAUAAAAUCAAACAUUGAAUUAGCGGAAAGUUAUAUUGAAAGGAAUAAUGUUGGAGAACAUUCUCAUAAUGAAAAUAAUAAUUAUUAUGACGAUCCAACAAAUAAAGAUCAGAAAAAUGAAAAAAUAAAAAAUUUAGAUGAUGAAAUAAAAUUGCAUGAUGAAAAAGAGAUUCAAGAUAAUAUAAGCAGGGAAAAUAAUAUAAGUUGGAAAGAAGAAGAAUAUUUUGACGAUAAAGAAGAGCUUCAUCAUAAAGAACAAACAACAUAUUCCGAAAAAAAUCAAAAAUCGUGCCUCAACAGCGAUAAUGAAGAAAUGCUAAGUCAUAUAAAUCAAAACAAUAUAACGUAUAAGAAUAAUCUUGAGUUAUAUAAUAAGAAAUAUACAAAUGACAAAAAAAAUAAAAAGGAUAUUAAGAAAAUAGUAUCAUAUAUAAGAAUUAAACAUGUUAAAAAUCAUAACAUAAUAAAGGAAUUUAAUUAUUUAAGUAUUAAAAUUAACAAAUAUAAUUUAUUUAAACAUUUAGAUAUUAAAGAAGAACGAUUAAAUUAUAUUACAUCAAUAUAUCAUUCAUUCGAUUAUUAUAACAAAAGAAUAAAGAAAAAAGAUCAGGAAAAAAUAAAUAAAAUAAAUGAUUUAGUUUAUCAAUACAGUAAUGAAACAAAAAAUAAAACAAAUAUUGAUAAUUAUAAAAAAAAAUUUGAAGAAAAUUUAUUAAAUAUAAUAAAUUAUAAUAGACAACAAGAAGAACAUGAACAGAAUGAAGAAGAAUAUAAUUUGUAUAGUUGUGAAAGUAAUACGAAUAUAAAUAAUAACGAAUUUAUAGGCAAAAACAAAAAAUAUAAUAAUAGUAAUAAUAAUAGUAAUAAUAAUAAUCGCAAUAGUAGUAUCCCUAAAUAUCACAGAUGUAGUAAUAAUAUAAAAGAUAAUAUGCAAAAUGAAUUAAGUGGCGAUAAAAGUUAUAACGUGAAUUCAGAAAAUUCACAGAAAGAAAAUAUUCUUUUAUCUAAUGAGAAUGACAAAGAAAAAUAUGUAGAAGAAGAUUUGUCUUAUAAUGAUAAAGACAAAUUUGUAAAUAUUAAGGAUGAUAUAAAAAAUAUAAUUCCUUACAAUGAUUACAAUGAAGAUGAUAUAAUCAGUUAUGAAGAUAUAAAACGGAAUAUAUGGUUACAAAAUAUAGACUUUCAAAAAAAUAUAAAUAGGAAAAAUAAUAUUGUUAAUUAUAUCCAAUUGGAAUCAAUGAAAUGCAUAAUUUUAUUUUGUUCUUUAUACAAAAUAAAAUAUUUCCAAGGAAUGCAUGAUAUGAUAAUAAGUUUGUUUUAUUUAAAUUUAGAAACCUAUGAAAUAUUUUGUGUUUUUGAAAAAAUAUUACAUUAUUAUGCUCCCUAUUUAUAUUUACAAAAUAAUUAUAUCUACACUAUAAAUACAUUAAAUGAAAACAACAUAACAAAAAAUUCAGCAUAUAAUAAUAACAUACCUUUAGAUAUAGGAAUAUAUAUAUGUAAUAAAAAUGCUAAAUUAUUUAGGUUAUUAUUUCAAUUCUUCUUUCCUCAUAUUAGUUACUAUUUUGAUACAAACAUAGAUGAAACGUGGCCAACCUUUUUUUUUGUUAAUUUGAAUUUUAGUAAAUUUAACAAUGUAUAUCGCUUAUUAUAUAUAUGGAUGAAAUUAAUAGAAAUAAAAGAUACAACAAAUGAAGCGACUUGUGAUUUUAUACUCUAUUUACUUUCUUUCUUUAUAUAUAAAAUGAAGGCUAUUAAAAAUGAAAUUUAUGAACAAUAUAAAAACAAAAAUUUUAUUAAAAAUGAUAAUUAUAAUUAUAAUUACAAUUCAACGUCAUCAUUAUCAUAUGAACAUUUUAAAAAACAAAAUAUAUGCGAACAAAACAGAAUCAAAAUAAAACAUUAUGAAAAGAAAGAUCCAAUAAAACCACAUUUUGUGAAAGAUCAAAAUGAAUAUAUGAUAAACAAUAAAAAUUUAAACAACAAUCAAAAUAUAUAUAAUUUUGAAAAAAUACAUGAAAUAAAUAAUAUCUCAAAUCAGGAAUCUAUUAUUCACACAAGUGAAAAAUCACAAGUACAAAAUACAAAUGAACUUAUGGAACAUCAAAGUGAUCAUAUGAGAAAACAAAAAUGGUCCAUAUAUUGUAAAGAAAUGUUCUCAUUAUUUUUUGAAUUCAAUUCAUCUUUCGAUGAACAUUUUAAGGAUAAUUAUGAAAUGCAUAUUGAUAACAUAAUAAAUAACAUAAAAAAUAUAAAAGAUAUGAUUCCCAUGAGUUUUAUAAAUUUUAUCAUACAUUAUAAUUCCUUAUAUCAAAUCAAUAAUCAAUUAUUACUAACAAAUGAAAAAUCACACCCAUUCCACAAAACAUCAUAUUAUACAAACAAACAAUUAGAUAAUAAUAAUUUAUGCUUACAUAUAACUUUGGCAGAUUUAUUAUUUAUACAUAAUCAUCAAAAAAAAAAUUAUAAUUUCGUUUUUAUACGAUACGUAGAAUAUAAAAUUAUCCUAUGUAAACUUUUAUAUAUAAAUAUUAAUAAUCUUACUAUUCAAAAUUUUAUCGAGUUCAAAAAUGUAAACGAAUUUUUGAAAUGUAAGCAACAAAAAAAAUUGAAAUCAUUAUAUAAUAAUGAAUUCAAGAAUAAAUAUAAUCAUAAAAAGAAAAUACUCUACAUAAUAUUACAAAAUGGAAAUAAUAAGAGUGAAGAAAAGAAAAUACAUAACGACAUCAUACCUAUCAAUAGUAAUAAUAAUAAUAAUAAUAAUGAUAACAAUUUUAUAAAUAAACAAAAGGAAUAUUCAUUUAGUAGUAAAUUCCUAUCAUCAUUACAUAAUCAUGAUAACAGGUUACAAGAUUUUAUCAUACAACUCUUAAAAAAUAACAUCAAAUAUAUAACCAUAUUCCAAGAAAGUUCUAGUAUCGUUAAUAUAAAGAAUGAUAAAAAAACAAACAUUUCUUAUCAAAUUAAAGACCAAAGGAAUUUGAAAGAAAAUAAUUUCUUUUCAGAAAUAUUUAAAAAGGUUAAAAAUAAAAUAUAUGAUAAUAUUAUAAAAGAUAAUAAUCAAUUUGAUGGCGAAAAACAAAUCCCCAAAAAAAACGAUACAUCUAAUCAAAAUGAUGAUAUAACAUAUACAUUGAAAGAUACUAAUUUUAAUGUUUUUAUUAACAAAAAAAUAUUAAAAAAAAAAAUAUAUACACAUCUUAUCAACAAUAAAAAAAAAAAUAAUUUAAAUUAUAAAUAUAACUUCAAAAAUAAAAGAAGAAAUGAAAAAAUGAAAUCUAAAUUUUUGAUAAAUAAUUUACAAAGUAAAUUAACAAAUAAAGCAGUAAGUAAAUAUAAAAGUAACAAAAAAAUGCAUAUUUCAAUAAAUAAACAACAUAAUAAAAUUAAUUCAACAAAAAUGAAAUCUAUUAUUAAUUCCACACAACAAAUACAACUUAAAAGUUUUAAAAAUAAUUAUAAUUUAAAUAUAAAAAAUAAUGUUAUAUUUAAAAAAAAUUAUAAUAGAGAAAAAUUAAAUAUCAUACAAAACAAAUCUAAUACAUUAUCACUUCAUAAAGAAAAUUUAUUAUAUGAACAAAAUCAAAAAAAUAACGAACAAAAUAUUCACAACAACACUAUAUAUAAUAAUACAAUUUUAAAAAAAAAUACUACUAACAUGUAUAAAACAACAGACACACAAUAUCUUAAAACUAAUAUAAAAUUACUCAAAGAUACAAAUGAUAUUCAUAUAAACAAAUAUCAAAUUGAUAAAUAUAUUCGUGAAAAUGAAAAAUUCAAUAAUGAUAAAAAAUACAACUUUUUAGACUUACAUCAAAAUUUUAUUAAUGAUAUAUUAUUAGAUCAUUUCUCACAAAAUAAAAAAUUAUGUAAUCCUUAUGAAACAGAAAAAAAAUAUAUUAAUAAAUGCACUCCAAAUAUCGUUAACAUGCUCAUUUCGAAAAAUAAAAUAAGCUAA